AUGCCUCUCAAACAGUUCAUUUUCUCUACAGGCAAGAAAUCUGAUGAUCCAAAGAAAUCAGGAUACAUCCCAACUAUCUUCCCUUCUCGCCAGAAACCGAUCAAGCGACGAACCACCCUGACUUCAUCCAAAGCUAAGUCGCCUCCAGCUAAGCGUGUCUUCCCUGAUACUUCUGCUUCAUCUCCCGGCUCUGACACCCUACUUCUUUCUCCAUGCAGCACAGCCACUGAGGACAAGCUAUCUUCUCCUUCUGUCACAGAGCAAGAAGACUCUACACCUGCUCCUGAAUGCUCUACACCUGCUCUUGAAUACUCUACACCUGCUUCUGAAGACUCUACACCUGCUUCUGAAGACUCUACACCUGCUUCUGAAGAAGAGCCUCAAGUCAUACCAUCUCGGAUGGACCUUGACUACGUCUAUCCGUAUAUAGAUCAGACUCCCUGCAACGAUGAGAUGGAGAAAUUGAAAUUUCAGAUUCAGCAUCUUCAACGCGAGAAUGAAAACCUGAAAAAGAAGACACUCUGUUUAUCCAGCUAUAAGGACAAUGAUGCGAAUUUCCACUACAUGACCAAUCUACCAAACUACGAUACUUUUGAAGUGCUGGCUAUGUUUCUGCAUAGAAGAUGUGGCGGGAGGCUUAACUACUGGACACAUCAGCAGUCAUCUAACAACACACGUCCUUCCACUAAGAAGCCUGGAAAGGAACACACACUAAACUUCCAAGAGGAACUAUUUCUUGUGCUCGUGCGACUUAAGCGUGGUAUGGAGUUAAGAGACAUGCACUUGGGAACUGGAGUAAGUGUAUCUACUUUGUCAAGAAUCUUCACAACUUGGAUCAACUUCAUGAACAACGAGUUGACUGGCUGUUUUGAGAUGGUUGCAGUUGAUCUCAGUCAUGUGCAGACAAUGCCAUGUAUGGACCCAUUUCCAGAAGUGACAAUAACGCUUGACUGCACAGAACUCUCACAGCGCUCUAUGGACCUUCGGGCACGAAAAGAAACAUUUUCCAACUACAAACACCAUGACACUAUGAAAUUUCUAGUUGGAAUGGGUACACAUCAAGCUGUGAAUUUUGUGUCAGCAGCGUGGGGAGGAAGAGCUACAGACAAACACAUAACACUCAAAAGUGAGAAGCUCAUGUCCAACCUAGCUCCAGGUUCCUGUGUCAUGGCCGACCGCGGUUUCCUUGUGACUGAAGAACUCCGCUCACUUGGUGUUAAGAUGAUUAUGCCACAUUUCAGUUCUCUGCUACUGAAGCUUGGCGCUCAGCGCAAAUCAGCAGUGCAUGUAUACACAUCGAACGCGUCAUCCAACGCAUCAAGACUUUCCACAUUCUUGAGAACCCUAUCCGAAUUGACCAAAAGGAAAUGA